ACGUAUGGCUUUUAAAAAGUGAAUGCAUACUUCGCCAACAGUAAAGUCAGUCCCUGGUUACAGCACACAUUUCUGUUCCCUUACAGGAAAGACGACAAUGGGAGACAUAGUGAAAGCUACCCAAUCAAUUUCCAAGGCUAAGGAUUACAGAGAAGACACCCAACUGAUAAUGCAGCCAUAUGCUAACUGGGAGGAGUACUUGAUGCCUGCCCCAUUCUCCAUAGCCGUUAUGGGAGAGCUGGUAUUUAUUUCUUCCAAUGUAGAUUUCUCCAUCGGCCAAAAGCCUCCUACUGGUGGCUUUCAGUUCAUCAAGUACCCAGACUCAUUCCGAGCCUGUCUUAUGCAAGUGGCUAAUUCUGGAUGGGCGGCAUUCAAUACGGCUCACACGAACAUGGACCAGAUCCGUCUCCACACUGCAAACGUGCCAGCUUACAUCAAGACUUCAGUUCAGAUAUUACUACAGGACAAUGAUGAGCUGGUCCAAACCCUCCUUCCUGACCAACUGGAGAACAUAGCUGAAAUAUCGAGUGAAUGUGAAAAAUUGGCUGAGAGAGCAGAGGAAAAGUUCAGCUUUGUUAUUAGUUUGAUCCAAGAACUUUUAGAAGCUUGUGUAAAUGCAAAGAAGCUAUAUGGUGAUGAACUGGAAGAAGUCAAGCGUAAAAUUGAGGAGAACAAGCUGAGAAAGGAGGGUUCAGAGAAAGCCAAGGAAAGGGCUCAGAAAACACUUGAUGACAUGAAUAAGCAGCUAGAAGUGGCACAGACGACAUUUGAUAAAGCAAUGGAUUCAUUGCCAUCUGGAUGGGAUGUGAUGGGCAUGAACUUUGUAGAGGGACUUGCAGAGGGUUUUGCAACUCUUUUGACCUUAGGGAUGAAUCAGGUGGCAAGAAGUUCAAAAGGCACAAAAGGCACAGAAGCAGAAAUGAAAGAUGAAAAUGUCUUUGCUAUGAAUAAUGUGCUGUCAAAAUCAGGUCAGCUGCUAAAGCUGACUGAGACAUUGAUCAGCUUUAUCGACAAAAAUGAAAUUCAACUGUCUAAGAUAUAUGAUCAACAGAAAGGAAAAACACAGACAUCAUACCUGGAGGAACAAUAUAAAGGGCUAAAAACCUCAGUGGAGAGUGAGAAAGACUGUAAAGUCAAAGAAGCUGCACUCAACAUCUGCAAAGACGCCAUUAAACUGUGCUCUGAGCUCACCGCGAUCGCACCUGAAGGGCAAUGCGAUGCUGCCAAGACAAAAGACCUGAUUGAAAGAAUGCAGGAGCUGUGGAAACAGUGUCAGACAUUUGACUCUCAGAGCAAAGCCUUCACAAACACACCAGUAUUUACACCUCAACCCCCAAAGCAAGCUAUGGAAAGUGGGUCUAAACGGGCAGGUGAUAUAGCGGUGGAGAAUGCCCGUUUCCGCAUAGAGCAGAGUCGAGCCCAGCUGGAAACGAUGAGACAGAAUCAAAAACAGAGCUUGGACAACCUGGAGAAAAACGAGAAGGAGCUGACAGAGAUCUUAGUCAUAUUGCAAUCCUGUAAAGACAUCUGGUGGGGGCAGGUCCCACGGCCCCCGUGA